GCUUGCUAGAAAUACAUUCCGUACAAAAAACAAAACACAAUCGGGUUGUCCUAGACCUGCAUGCUCUGGAUAUUGAUGCAGCGAAACGUGAAACAACAAACAUAAGACAGAAGAUGGUUAUCAUCAUUUCAUUUUAAAAAUUUCUUUUCUAUCCAGAUUUAUAAAAGAAUGUUUAUCCUCAAGAAAUAAAAAUAAUCAUGUUUGGGCGUAGGAAGAAAAAGGCACCAACGCCUCCUCCCCGAUCAACAGCGACUAAGCUAACAGAUGGAGGCACAGCAAUUGAUGAAAGAGCUCCGAAGCUCAGUAGCCGCCAGAGCAGCGUUACAUCAACUACAAGUAACGAUUCAGUUGGAAAACCCAAGAAAAGAACUGCGCCCUCUCCCCCAACCAAUACAUCAAUAGUUAAUAACGAAAGGCCGGGAGUGAUAUCAAAAAAGAUUCAAAAUGUGAACGUUCAACAAAACUCUAUUGACGAAAGUAGAAAAAAUUCUUCGGAGAUUACUUUCAGCAGUUUUAAACAACCACCAAGUCAGGACAAUGAAAGCAAACAGGUUGAAAAUGGAAAUGAGAGAACUAAAAAUAACAUUAAUGGAUACAUGAACCAUAAUGGUGCAGAUGCAAAGGCUAAAGAGGAGAGAUUUAGGCUGAUCCCAGUAGAAUCGUGGGAAGAAAAUGAAGUCCUCCAGUGGCUAGCAUCCCGAAAAAUGCAGUAUUUUCAUGAACUGUUCUCCGGUUGUGGAAUUGAUGGUGAUUAUCUGAUGCAAAUUACAGAAAGUGAUCUUGUGGACCUAGAAGUGGAGGAAGUUGAUACAAGACAACAAUUCAUCACAGAGCGAGAUGGCUUGAUACGCUCUCGACUGAAGACCUCAGAUUCACUAGGAUCGGAUGGUAACCGGGGAGGAUCUGACCAUGAGGAGUAUGAGGAGGAAGAGGAGGAGGAUACCAAUGAUGAUGAGAGCAUGUCCGAUUUGGACACAGGGGAUGAUCUCUCGCUACCUGAUCUUGGAGUUGAUGAUAACACAAAUAGAAUAAAAUUGAGGAUGUCUCCUCCCCCAUCCCAUGGGCGCCUCUACGAACAGUUGACUCUAGAACCGAGCCUUACCUGGCGGGAGAAGAAAAUGGCCAACUGGUCCGAAAUCGAUGUUCAAUCCUGGAUGGAAUCUAUCAACCUUGCUCAAUUUGUGCCGCAGGUCAAAGCCAAUAAAGUGACAGGAAAUAACCUGAUGAACAUUGAUAUGAAACUGUUGGACUCCAUGGGAAUUGAAGGCGAUAAUCUUGAGGUUUUACUGGCUAAGAUAUACGAGAUCAACAAUCCGAUGGCAAAUGUCCCACAAAAAGAAUUCAUAAGUGCAAUAGAUAAAGUUUCUGGGUAUGAUAAAGAGAAGUUCAUAGCAGCAGUAACUGUGUUACAAUCAUCAGAUAGCAAUGGAGUACAAUUACUACCUUCGGAGGCUGCCCCUAACACCGCCCCCAGCAGCAACAGUAGUAGGGCUAGCAGCACAAAAAGUAGCGGAAGUGAGAAAGCCCGUAGAAGUGACAGCGAGGAACGAAAGAAGAAAGGAGGAUUUUCAAAGCUGAAGGAAGUGAUCACACCAUGGAAGAGAGAAAGCAAGGAGAAUUCUUCUGUACAGAUUUGGUCGGACUUAAAUGAAACAGGUUGCCCAACAUGUGUAUCCAUUAAGGUUGUGGACAUGACAAGUGCCUUAGAGGUUGUUAAACUCUGCCUGGAACAACUGAAUAAAAUCGAGGAUCCACGAUUGUACAGCGUAGUUGAGGUGUGCAUCUCCAGUGCAGAUAAAGAUAGACUUGCUGACCGAGAGCUUGGUAGUGAAGAGUAUCCCCUUAUAGUACAAAACAACUGGCACAAUGCUACCUCCUACCACUUUGAACUGCGACAACGGGAAGCACAAGGGGGCACAAUUAAGAUUGUGUAUCGGAUAGCAGGACACAACCCAAAGGGCAAGCUGGUAAACGUUUCCCUGUCAACUCCUGUGAACGAAGUCCUCGCUUUAGCCCUCAAGAAGUUUGGCAUGAAAAAUGCAGACCCUAGGUUAUUCUGUCUCCUGGAGGUUGAUAAGAUUGGAGAUGUUCACCAUACAACUGAAGACUUCAUACCUCUACAAUCUGACUCUCAUGCGUACGUUGUCUGUGACAAGGCCAGCGUAGAUGAGCAGUUUGAUCUAAAGGAUACCGAUGAGGGUGUGGAUGGGUUGUCAGUGCAUCGGAACGAUUCAAUGUACUCACAAGCUUCCUCCAAGAUAUCUAACUAUUCAGGAGCCAGCCUCGGAUCGUCCGUAGGCUCUGAUUCGUUGAUGCCUACUAUUAACGAUGAAAAACUUUCACGUUUAGAGGAGGAGAUGGCUAACAUUGAACAGUCGCUGUUAAUUAAACCGAAGAUGAAGAGGGUCAGCUCUCCCGAGAAAAUCACGGUUUCUUCUACGUCUACUCUCAGUAAAACACAAGAGGAUAUGAACGAGCUGGAAACAUACCAGAAAGAAUUGCAUGAAAGAGAAACAACAAUUGAAGUCUUGCGCUAUGAGAAUUUAAGAUUACAGGAUAAAGCUAAACAGCUCACAGUGGUACAGAAGGCGUUGUCACAGAUAGAGGACGCUUUCCAACAGCAUGAGAAGGAAGUGAAAAAUCGCAAAAAGCUUGAUAGAAGUUAUCAAGCCGACGAAAGUAUUGACUCUAGUCAGCUUGCUAUUAAAGACUUAGAAACACGGUUAGAUCAAGUGGGACAAGACAUACGAUUGAAAGAAUCGCGUAUCAAACAGCUCCAUCAACAGAUGAAUGAUGAAACAGACAAUAAAGAAACUCGUGGAAGCAAUCAUCAGCACAACAACCGGGGCUGGUUAUCGUCAAUCCGGGCUUACUCCGAUUGGCACCCCACAUGGAACUCCACAUCUGUGCUCAACAAAAUUCUUCACUGGAAUUCCAGGAAUAACGAGAGUACGGAGCGGGAAGCCGAGUUGGAAUACAAACUAGCGAUGGAGGAGUCGACAUUGGUUGCCCUCAAACAGCAGCAGGCUAGUCUGCUCUCCAGACUGGAACUGGCAAAAGCUGACCAAGAAGUGGCUGCAGAGAAGGCUAGAAGUAAACGUCAGCGUGCUCCUGUGUUUCCCGUGCUCUCUUCCAAGCAACACAAUCGCCUGGUUACAAUGCAGAUUAAGAAAGGUGUGAACGGUUACGGGUUCAGUUUAACUACCAGGACUGACCAGAAGGGAGUGUAUAUUCACACCUGUGAUUCAAAAGGCAUCAUGAAGGUCGGCGACAGGUUAUAUGAAAUUAAUGGUGAGAAUGUCCUGAGGAUGCCAAUUUCGCAAGUCAAUACCAGAUUGAAUGGAAUGCACCAAGUCCAACUUGUGUUACUUCGUACCGAAGAAGAAGAGGAUACGUUAGAAAAGUCCAGAGCAGCAAUUAAGAUGAAGGAGGAACUGAGAACAUUGAAAGAACAAGUGCAGAUCACAAAGACUGAAAACAAGCGUUUGUCAGAGGAUGUGCAAAGGCUGGUUGAGCUUGAAGACAGAGCAGCAGAAGCUGACAAACUGCGGAUUAUUGUGAAUGAGUUACAGAGCAGACUAUCCAACAAGGACAGCCAUUGUAAUGCCUUAUCAGAACAGGUCAAAGAGAUCCCGGUUAUCCGCGGAAGUCUGAAGCAGAGGCAGAAAGAGCUGGAGAGGUUGGAGAUGCAGAGGAAUUCUUUUGAGGCUGAAACCGUUCAGCUAUCUGAAGAAAUAACCAGAAUGAAAUCAACAUCAGAGUACAAGGAUGAACUAAUUGAAAAGCUAACAAGAGAACGAGACAUGGCAUUACAUGAGCUAAAUGAAGUUACUACACACAAGAGCAACCGUUUGAGAGCUGUUGAUGGAAUGGAUGAUGUUCCUCUAUGGGAAGCACUGAAGGGUUCAUCCAAGACUGAAAUCCUUGAGGUCUUCCGAGCCGAGUCAUUGGAAGCAAGUCGUCAGAAGCAGUACUUGGACCAGCUGUACUCGCUGAUGUUAGAGAAUGCGCCACAACUUCUAGGCAAUCUAGAACAAGAAUUAGAUGCUAGUGGCUUAUCCGGAGAUGAAGAAUUUUGUUGAACAAAAGGUAGAGAACUUGCAAGAUCAUAAACAAGAGUCUUCGAAAUGGUUUUAUUCUUUAUUAUUUUCUGGCAACCAUCACAGUCAGUGUGUCCCCCAUGUUUUCAAUUAUGACUUUGUGACCGAUUCACUUUUCCAUGAUUGUCAGGCAUACUCUGCAAACUUUGUCCUACAACUCAGUCGACAAUAAUUCUCUCUUUCACCGAUGUGACGCUAUUACGUCACAGAUUUUACCAUUAAUGCGUAAUCAGAAGCGUUUCAUUCAUAGAGCUUGAAAAAACUAUUUUGAAGAUACUUAAAGCUCGUAGUUUUGUUAUCAAGAUACAUGCUAACUCGGCCAGACCGAGAUGUUGGUGCCUAAUUGUGUGUCAGUACUGUGGCCACCAAUGAUGUGCUAAGGUAGCAAAGUGCCUGGAUCAUCGACGUUGCUUAUAUUUGAAGCUUCCAUCACACAUCUUGCUUUUAAAUAAGCCAAGAAAACCUAGUGUGCCCAAAUUUAUAUAAUUUGCAGAAAAAAAAAAUUGUUUUUACUGUCAUGAUGUAUUUGGACAAAGUCAUUUAAAGAAAAUCUUCGAUUUUACUCCUAUAAUAAAUAUGAGGCAUGCCAUUCCAAAACCAGCGUACUGUCACUAAUUUUUGAACUGAGUAAUUAGCAUAAGAAAGUGGGAGUAUUGUAUACUUUAGUACAGACAAGCCAUAUUACUUCUACUCAUAACUUAAGCAAUAUUAAGUCAAUUUCAGUAAAUGACCCAUCAAUUUAAAGCAUAUAAUUUGGAGAAUAUGAAUAUGUUAAAAAGUCAAUUUUUAUUUUUUGGUCAGUGAUGGUGGUUUUGGGAUGGCUAACCUCAUGUGCUAGAACAUUCAAGUCCUUCAUAGUCGUUGACACUUUUAAAUGUUCAACCUACCUCAUGUAUUAAAUAUUUAAAAAAAAUUAACUGCGAUCUCUACUACAUUGUUUUAACUUGCGGGACAUGCGGUUCUUUCUGAUAAUUUACAGCAUGGUUUAGUUCAGUCUGUGCCAUUUUGAGUAAAGAAAAUACUGCGUUGAGAAAAUAAAUGCCAACUACCAUAGGUGCUCGAAUAAGUGUCGCACUCGAAUAAGUGCCGCACUCGAAUAAGUGCUGCUCUUGAAUAAGCGCCGCGGCGCUUAAUCAAGAGUAUAUAUUACCCUGCAUGUAAUGAAGCACUUCGAGAAACAGAGUUUGAAAUACAAUGUUUACAGUGUUCAAAUUAGUAUACAGUGUUAAAAUGAAUAAAUAAUGUAAUGAAGACACAAGCAAUUCUUUAUACACAUUUAUUUACGAUGACUAGGACCUAUGAUAGGCCAACCGAACUAUGGGAAUACGUGAGAUAGGUAACAUGGAACGGGCAUGGAAAGCACCACUGCAAUAUUUUUUUAAAGCCCCGCUUUGGAAUAAGCGGCGCACUGAACCCUCCAAAAAUGUUAUAUGCGCCGCGAUGCUUAUUCAAACAUUUACGGUAAUACUUAAUUGGCCAAUUGUGGAAACAUAAUCACAAAGUUCACUGACUUUUUUCUCGCAGCAACCUGUAUUUACUUUGCUCCACUAUAGUAAGUAUUUAGGACUGUAUGGAUUUAGCAUCAGGUAUAUGGUAUUAUCUCACAUAUUGGUGGUGUACAUAAUGCUCUGUACAUACGUUUAUUUUCACCAAUGUGCGACAAAGAUCACUAUUUGUAUAGACUUGUUAAAUUUUUAUUUGAAUUAUACAAAGCAUGAGCAAAAGGAUUUGAUUGAACUCAGUACAUUUUUUAUGGAAUAUAUUAUAUGUGCCAAAUUUUUGCUUGAUAAAUGAACUAUAUGUAAAUUGUUGUUUGAACUUUCAAAUGAAAUAAUAUUAAAUACUUUAUAAAAUGUUAUGAAUGGUAGUACUCAGAAUGUAAAGUAGAAAAAUAAAUAAUUUUCUAAAAAAAAUAUGUUACCAAUCUUUUCCUAAUGAGUUAUGUGAUUGGUUGAAAUAAUAAAGUGGUGUUUGUAACACCAAUGAGAUAAUUUGUUAUAAAAGGUUUGCAUGACCAUUGUCAUGAUGGCAGUUCUACUUAUAUAAGAAUAAUAUUUAACUGAAAAUUGAAAUUUCCAUGAAAGCAUGAAUUUAUAAAACUAUAUUAUAUAAUACUGUAAUUUGAAAUUUCUUAAACCUCUUGCCAUAUUAUUUCUAUGGUGAUUACAAAAGUUGAAAUGUUUAAGUGUGUGUGACUGUGUAACAAAAGAAAUAUGUAUUUUCAAUUUCAAGUAAAUAUAAAAUUAAUUUAACGUCUUCCGUCCUUAUCAACUAACUUAACUUCCUCUGUAAAUGAUUAGAAAUAUUACAAAUUUGUCACCGUAUAUUUUCAUUAUUUUAUUAAUUUUAUAGUUGUAUAGUAGGUUUUUUUAGGAUUUUUGCUGCAUUACAGUGUACUUAUAAUUUAUUUAACCGCUGCUACUUCUUUACAUUGAUGCUACUUUUCUUAAUUUAUAAUAAUUUGAACAGGGUAUUUUAUGUUCUCUAAUGCUUUGUGUUAUCAAUGGUGUUCAGGGUGUAUACAAGCAUGUGUUCUUAUUUUAAGAAGUUGAGCAACGCAAUGGCAACCAAGGGUAAUA